AUGGCGCUGCGCUCAAUUUCAGUUGAUUUCUCGGGAAUCUCAAGUCUUGCUGCCAGCGGAGAUCGACUUCUUGCAGGAUCAACCGAUGGCUCACUAUACGAUUUAUACGUUGCACCAGAGCAGCAAGCUGAAGAAGAAGAUAAUAUGCAAAAAGAAGGACUACCACUGUCUUUUUCAGCGUUUUUUUCAGUGCAAAUAGGCAAAUUUAUUGAACAGAUUGUAUAUAUUGAUGAAGCAACAUUAGCAGUGUGUUUAGUGGGUGCGGAACGCUAUGGACAAGUAGUUCUUUAUAAUGUGUCUUUACGGCGAAUUGAAGGCGUAUUACCGAGUGAAUCAGGAAUAAAAGGACAAGAAACAAGAAAUAGCAGUUUAAACAGUGCUCAGGAGACAGCAUAUAAAAUAUCAUUAAUUUCCCAUAUGCAAAUGGAUGGGACGAUGGUUUCUUUGCUUGCAAUUGCAUUGAAACAGCGUUUAGUAGUGUAUUUUUGGCGCGAUGGGAUUUUGAGCACAGAAACAGUGGAGAUAGCAUUAAAUCAGCGAGUACGGGCACUAACAUGGAUUAAUUCUACACGAAUAUAUCUUUGUUUUGGUUCAGAGUACGCAUUUGCAGAUCUUGAAGCGAAAUGUCUUACUAAGCCCGUAUCAAUUAAAGGAUUUACUACACUAUUACGAUCUUUGGGUGUUUCUAGCACGAAUAUAAAUUAUAUUGGGCUACAUACACGAUCUUCUAAAUUCUUAAGCGUACGGAUUUCGGAUCAUGAAUUUCUUUUAUCAUAUCAUCUUAAAUCUAUUUUUUUGGAUAAUAAUGGACAUCCUCUUAAACGUAGUCCUAUCAUAUGGGAUUCUGAACCUACACAUUUAGUUUAUUUUCAUCCUCAUCUUAUCGCCGCCUUUGAUCAUCAAAUUAGAGUCCAUAAUAUUGAAUCUUAUGUUUUAAUUCAAACGUUUAACAUACGAAACAUUACUUGCAUAUUUUCAGGAAAAUAUCUUUUCAUAUCCACUCAAACUCAAAUAUGGAAAUUUUUAAACAUUCCAUUUGAUACCCAAGUAAACGAUCUUAUCGUUCAAAAUCGACUAGAUGAUGCUCUUACACUUUUAAAUCAGGUCAAUUCUGUUUUAUUUCAAAAUAAAACCGAUAAAAUAAGACAUAUAAAAAUGAUGAAAGCAUAUCAUUUAUUUAAUAAGAGAGAUUAUAAAAAUUCAAUGAUAUUAUAUUCUGAAAGUUCUGCAUCUCCUAUAAUUGUGCUUUCUUUAUUUCCAUUGGAGAACAUCGAUUAUGAACAAUAUGCAAAUGAUGCAUCUAUAUCAACAUACAUUCAUAAUUCUAAAAUGUUUCUCAAAACUAUGAAUAAAAAACUAAAUCAAUUAAUUGAAAUUUCAAAUUAUCCGGAUUUUGAUUUAAAAGAGGCCACGCAUGCUCUUGCAUCGUAUUACCUUAAUGAUGCACGUCGAAAACUGUCUAUUUUAAUAUCUUCUAUAUCCCAAUUUCAAGAAUCUUUUGAAACUUUAAAUGAACCUUUAAUUCCAAAAUACCAUUUUACGCUUCCUAAUUCAGAUAGUGCUUUAACACUUGAAGAAAUGGAAAAACUUCUUGAAAUUGUUGAUACUGCAUUAUUUCGUGCAUAUAUGUUUGUUACUCCAAAUUUGGUUGGACCUCUUGUUCGAUUACAAAAUAAAAUUCAACUUUCAGUAGCCAAAGAUCUUUUAGAAAAAGACAGGAGCUAUAAAAAUUUAAUAAAUUUCUAUUUUGGAAAAUCAUUACACAAAAAUGCAUUACAACUUUUAAAAGAACUUGGCGAAGGAGUUAUAUCAGAUAGUGUACAUAAUGAGCAAUUUAAAGGUCCUUCAGAAACCAUUAAUUAUCUUAAAAAACUUAAUGAUAAUCAUAUUGAAGAAAUACUUUUAUUUAUAAAAUGGCCUCUUGAAAUAAAUCCAGAUUUUGCUAUGGAAAUAUUUUUAAAUGAUAAUCAGCAACUAUCUUUGUCAAAAAAAAAAGUAUAUGAUUUUUUAUUAUCUUUUAACGAAGAUCUAGCCAUUAAAUAUCUUGAAUAUUUAAUAAAUGAUCUAAAUAACACUAUUCCAGAAUUUCACGAUUCAUUGAUCAUGCAUUAUCUUAAAAAUAUUCAAGAAAAAGAAAAUUCCAAUCUUAUUUCAAAGAAAUUAUUAAAAUUUCUACUUGACUCCGAAAAAUAUAACUUACAAUAUAUUCUAGAACAUCUUCCUAAGCAAGACAAUUUCCUUGAACAUAAAGCGAUUAUUUUAAGCAAACUAGGAAAACAUAAAUGUGCUCUUGAAACCUAUGUUUUCGAAAUGAAAGAUUUCAAAAAAGUGACGGAAUACUGUACUAAAAUAUUUUCUAUGAAUAAUUCAAAAUUAAGCAACGAAAUAUACUUAAUUCUAUUAAAUCUUCUUCUAAAGCCACCAAGUGGGCAAAAAAUACAGCUAUCUUAUGCUCUCGAUUUUCUAUCACAAUAUAGAUCACAAAUCAACAUUGAAACAAUUAUUUCAGAACUUCCUUUGGAUAUUAAAAUAUCCAAUCUUAAAUUAUACUUAGAAAGUACAAUUCAAAAUAGAAUAACAAAUAUUAUAAACGGAAAAAUUAUUUAUUCUUUACAGAUGGCCAACUUAGCACAAUAUCAAAAUAAAUUGAUUGAUGCUUCUAACAAAAAAUAUACAAUAACACCUGAAAAAACAUGUCAAAACUGCCAUAAACGGUUGGGACAAAGUGUCCUUGCUAUAUUUCCAAACGAUUCUAUCGUGCAUUAUGGAUGUCAACGAGCAUUUUUGAAAACACAUAACAUGCCAUACUCUCCUAAAUAA